AUGGCAAACAAUCUGGUAAGCCAAUUGGAGGGGCUCCGCCUUGCAGAUAGGGCCACGGAGUGGGAAAUUAACUGCAAGAGUUUUAAGCAUACGCACCCAUCGCAGAUGUCACCUCAGCCACGUUCCUUCUUCACAGAUGUGGAAGAGCUUUGUGGCCUCACUCAGGUCCUUGACCAAGACAAGUUCACUCUCAACUGCCGCGAUGGACUUGCACUUUUGAAAGACGACGUUUCGUGUUUUGUGAGAGAUGGCAGCCGCUCCAGUGUCUCCAACUACAUAGGCCACGACAUGCUCGAAAACUACGAUACUUUUACACCGGUCUCUGUGGACCAGCUAGAAGAUAUGCGCGGCAUGCAGCAAUUCAUCGCACAGCGAAAUGACAAGGACAAGAAAUCGAAACUCACUGUUGUGUGCUCCAGACAUAACAUGAUAGACCUUAUUAUGGCGCCUUUUUCUGAUCAAGACAUUCAUUUAAAUGCAAUACACUAUGACGGAUACCUAUAUCUUUUCCCUGAUCGACAAGCUGGCGCUGGAUCCAUGGGGAUUAAUUCUGAGGAUCCAAGAACUCGAAAAAUAUGCUACACUGGGUUUGAGCUCGAACAUCUCGUUACCAAGGCCAAAGAGCCCACUGAAUCGUCCGCUUUCUACUCAAUUGUAUGCGGUAAAAUAGACUCCGAUCUCGAAUGCUUGUUCAAAGCCGAAAUGGAUGCUCUAGAGCCAGUCUCUAAUACUUACACAGAAAUCAAAUGCUCCACAGGGCUGAAGACAAAAUCUUCUCACCAUCGCAAGAAACUGUUGCGUAUGUGGAUUCAGACUUCUCUGAUACCGAGUACAACUCUCCUGAUUGGUCUUCGAGAUCCCUAUUACAAUCAGUUAACCACGUUCGAACGCUACACCAGAGCUCAACUAUACCGCAAAUUCAAUAACACGAACCUGAAAUUUCUGCCUCAAAAAUACAACUACAAUGCAAACGUUUCGAUUGAAUGGUUUCGUCACCUAUUCAAAGCAAUCCAAAAACUUGUAGAAGCAAACUUAGUGCCCGACACCCCAGAAGCCAGGUCCCACACGUCGUUUAAACUGACGGUAACCAAGACGCUAAUGUUGAAGCUAAGAAAACUCGACAAAAUGCCACCCAACACAAUUUUCUGA